AUGCGCAUUAUACACUUGCUGAUGUGCUCCUUGUACAUCAUUGCGCUUGGUAUCUGUCUUGCACAUCCAAUAAUCGCCAACUCCAAUACCACAUUCAACGUUUCCAGCAUUUUAACAGAUUCGCUACAACUUGAAAAUGAAUACACUCUCCUUAAGCAAACUAGUGUUUAUUCGGAAUCCCCCAUAGGGGAAUACCAAAACAAGCCAAUUAAGCGAAUGAGGAUGAGCAGCUGUGAAGCCAUCACCAAGGCUCAAGUUGAACGCUUGAUCACAGAGUAUCCCAAUUUUAUUGUUACAUGCGAGAAGGAAAUGACACUCCUCUAUCCGUCUGAGAUCGACAACGCUUCCAUUCAGAGAAAGCUGACUUCUGUUCAGAAGAAGCUGAAAAUGUCCGAAGUUAUUCAGAAGUCACUUGGCAAGAUCCAAUUCACCGAAAUGAAAGUGAGUCUGAAGCAGGAAUUAGACUCUUUACAGAUCCUGUUGUCUUCGUGUAUUUAUCUUUCUAAUAAGAAUACUUCUGGAGCUCUAGAAUUCAAAUUCACCAUUGGUGCAGGUGGAGCAACCACUGGCGGAGUCACAGUUGGAGCACCCAUUCCAUUCUUCGGAAUUAAGUCAGCAUUGGGAAUAGGAACUUCUCUGUCGAGAAAAUUUGUAAUUGACCAUAGUUGUAACUUCGAUGGCUAUGGUGUACGGCCAGUUGUUACCUUAACUACCAUCGAGUGUCAUGUGAGAAGCAGGAUAUGGGAAAUUGGGCAAUUUCCUUCUAUCAGCUGGAAACAAUCUAAAUGGAACAACCAGAAACAAGCUGUUUUUACAGAUGAUGCUCCAAUCUUCUCUUGUCUUAGUGAAUUAUAUGUUCCUGGGGUAUGUCGGUGGCCAUCAGAUCGAGCACGAGAUGAAGAUGGCGAUGAAGUUAGAAUUAUUGAAGUUGGACAUUGA